AUUGCCUAAUCUCCAUCACUGACUAGCAAUGCCAUCAGCUAUGGAGGGCUCCGAGCAGGGAGGAGGGGAAAUCUUGCUCUAUGAGGAAACAGAAGAUGAUAAUGUCAGUCCCACUGACCUUUCAGAGCUGCUGAAGGAGGGGACUAAGGAAUCCCAUGACCGUGCGGAGAACACUCAGUUUGUCAAAAGCUUCCUGAAAGGACAGAUCAAGAAGGAGCUCUUCAAGCUGGCCACAGUGGCGCUUUACUUCACGUACUCUGCUCUGGAAGAGGAAAUGGAUCGCAACAAGGACAACCCAGUCUUUGCUCCUCUGUAUUUCCCCCUAGAGCUUCACCGAAGAGAAGCGUUGGUCAAAGACCUGAAAUAUUUCUAUGGAGAAGACUGGAAAGAGAAGAUCCAGUGUUCAGAGGCAACUCAGCACUAUGUGGACAGAAUUCAUCAUGUGGGACAGCACGAGCCAGAGCUGCUGGUGGCUCAUGCUUAUACACGCUACAUGGGUGAUCUCUCAGGUGGCCAAGUGCUGAAGAAGGUAGCCCAGAGGGCCCUGAAGUUGCCCAGUACUGAGGAAGGGAUUCAAUUCUACGUGUUUGACAACAUUUCCAACGCGCAGCAGUUCAAGCAGCUCUAUAGAGCAAGGAUGAAUGCCCUGGACUUGGACAAGAACAUCAAGGAAAGGAUCGUGGAAGAGGCCAACCGAGCCUUCAGAUUUAAUAUGCAGGUAUUUGAUGAACUGGACAAGAUUGGCAGGUCACUGACAGAAGAAGCCCAAGAUGGAGGCUUUCCAGUCCAUGAUGGAAAAGGAGACCUACGCAAAUGCCCUUACUAUGCAGAUGAGCUAGCAGGCAAGGCGGGAGCUGGCUGCCCCUAUCAUGCUGCUGUGGCCCUGGCAAAGCAACCCCUAGCACAGCUGAUCCUGGCGGCCUGCCUCGCUGUGGCAGCAGGAGCUGUAGCGUGGUAUGUCAUGUGAUGGGGAGAGCAACACAUGGUUCUAAACGAUGUCAUUGUCUUCAAACUGUUCCCUUGCUGUUGGUGAGUGCAGGGUGGAAGUAAGAAAAUAAACAGGAAUCCUGUGGGACUGUCAGAGACUCUUUGCACACCAAUAGUGCAAGCACUGUAAUUAUAAUGUUGGUAGCUGACUAGUGUACAGGACUGAUCUGGUGUGAGGAUUCCACUUCAGUGCUGCCCUACCCAGGCUGGGGCAGCUUUUAUGGCUAGGUAUGUCUUGUCCUGUACUGGCAAAGGCUUCGUGUGCUUGGCUUUCCAUCUCCUUCCUGGGAGCGAUUGCUGGAGGGAGUUUCCUGCCCUGGGCUGCAACCCAAGAAUGUGUCAUCAGCUUUUUCAGUGAAGAGCACUCUGUUUCAUACUCUGAGAAACUGAUGUUUCAGUCGUGCUGCAGUGGCUGUGCCAUAGGGCUGUUAGCGCAAAGUCACAGUGUCCUGGGGACCAAGCCUAGCUCAUGUGUGAUCAAGCUCCCCGGGGGCUGGGGCCAGACUGUGUGUAUGGGGCGGGCUCUGAAGGUGACAAAUGUGUAUUGGUUGUGGGUUGGGUUUUGGUUUGUUUUGAUGGUUUUGUUUUCUGAACCCUUGACCAGAAUAAAAAGUUGCAAUGCUGUA